AUGAGGCAGUACGUCCGUCGGGUCAAAAUCGAUGAGUGUCCUGAUGACGGACAGCCCGCGGGCACGCGCUUGCCCCCCCGACGACGAGCUGCUCCUGUCUACUACGACCCGCCCCCGCCGCCGGACCGACGCCGUCGCGCGUCGCAGCCCGGCCUCAAGAUCCACGCCCGCCCAAGAGUCGACGUCCGCGCGCCAAGAGCCGACGGCGAACGAAGAGACAGAGAGGCCAAGGGUAAGGACGCCGCCGCGCUGCCGCCAAGGGACAAGGCGGAACGUGCGGUAGCGGGUUUAAUUAAGAUAAGAAGGACGCGGCCCGGCGGGCGGUGGGCCGCCGUCGUGCGCUGCGGCCCAUGUGCUGGAGGACCACAAGGGACCGAGACGGAGAACCGCCACGCAAAUUGUACGACUCGGCCCGCCACCUCGCCCGACACCAGGACCGCUACGAGGCCCCAGGCCAGCGCGACACGGAGAGCAGCGACGCGACACGACACGCUCUGCGAGGCGAGGACCAAGUCGCUCACUCGGAGCGGCAGGCGUUUCGUGGUAGUUCGUGUCGAUGCGGAGAAGCGAAGCUGGAUAACGACCGACAUGAGAAAGGAUCUCGGUAUCAAUACUGCAGGACGGAACACGGCCGUCCAGGUGUCCACCAUGAUGAACAGAUCGCGCCACAGUCAAGUAACAGCCCUUCGGUGUCGCCGCGAGGAGGGAGGAACAAAAAGGGAACGCUCCGCACAGCCGAGAAAGCGGCCGGCCGGCGCCGGGAAGUCGCUCCUCACGCCACCCGAGCCGCUCAUGCGACGGACCUGCUCGAAAGGGGUUCGGAGGAGUCUUCCAGAACCAACACGCCGCGCCCCCACGGACAUCAGCCCGGUCUUCAUGUUCCCCCCGACACUGACGCGGGGCCCCGCCCCGCGCGCCAAAAUCCCCCGCCCGGAGGAGGAACUCUCGCAAAAACAGCCCGCGAAUUCCUGUGCCUCUCUGGGCCCCGCACCGCCAACAAGGCGCGAAGAUGAGACCGGACAACAGCCACAACCGUGCCCUCAGGACGGCAGGGUCCACGCUACUCGGAGGCGGAUGCGCGCGGAGGCGGCGCGCGCAGUGAUCUCCGUGUGCGCUGGCGGAGAAGGAGAGGAAGGUGACGCCCCGGUCCCCGGGCAACGCGGAGGACCUCGGAGCACGCGGAGCGGCGCUGUCCGAGCCCCGGUGGGGCGGGGGGGGGAUCCGCGGCGCCUCGCGCGAUGUUUUCCAGCCUCCGUCAGCCAGGAGACCACUCGAGGACCCGCGGGACCUCACGCCGGCCUGCGCAGACGCACAGGAAGCAGGGCCGUCGUCGAACGUACGUCCACGGACGCCGAGCGAGACGCCAGCUAA